UAGAACAUGCGCUGCAUGCGACGAGGUCAACUCCUUAUCUUGAAGCCGGUCACUACCAACCACCCUCGUUGAAUUAGUCUAUCCUGACCUACAGUCCUCACCAUGGCGAAGAAACCAGCCGCCCAGUCUCCGGCCACGAAAACACCUGCUCCUGUCGCCGCCACCAAACCUCCUGCCGCAACAACACAUACCAUCAAACCCUCGGGUUCGGCCACCUCCAGUUCAGCACCCCCCACAAAGCCCGUACCGUCAAGCACAUUGUCUCCUCGUUCGUCACCACAAGACAUCAUCAUCCAUGUCUGGAACAAAUAUCUACAAGAUACCCCGUCCAGGACCAUGUUGUUGGAUGUCUUCAUGGCCUGGCUAGUCGUCGUGGGCGGCCUACAGUUCCUCUACUGUGUGCUAGCUGGCAACUACCCCUUCAACGCCUUCCUCUCCGGCUUCUCUGCCGCCGUCGGCCAAUUUGUUCUUACCGCUUCAUUGCGCAUGCAAACUUCCGAAAGACCCCCAGCAGGUGCAUCUACGGUAGCCAAAAAGUCAACGACCAAGACCGUCGAUGGCGUGACCGGAGAAAUAGUGGAAAACACGAAAAUCAGUUCCGAGCGAGCGUUCGCAGAUUUUGUCUUUGGCAGUCUGAUAUUGCAUGGAUUUUGUGUCAACUUCAUCAACUGAAAGAGGAGACAAUUACGCAAUACUAGAGAAGGACGACCCCGUUGCCCGCCCGUUCGUCAUGGCUGCACAUACUUCGCCUGCUAUUAGCUGUGACGGCCACCUGUUCCUGGAGAGAUGGGUAGGGGCCGUCUCGAUGUGGCAGCUUCCAGACCUCCUUUCGAGAACCAAUGACGUCCAUCGCUAUUCCAUCCUGCCGAAUGUCCUGCCAGCACUCUCAGCUCAGGCGAAGCACGUUGAUAGUGGUGGCCGCGUAUACUCGACAUGUGCGCAACAGUCUGCCAAUGCAGACAAGAAUUUGACGAAAAAGCAUGCGUUUUGUAAACAAAAGUAGAUGUAUACUAGAAGGAAAGGAUCAAUGGAAGACUGGACUGAGGCUCAAACAUCCUGGCAGAGUCUCUAGAGACAUUGUUAUUGAUGCAAAAUCGAUGGAUCUGCCACAAGCGUCCUAUUAAAAGCAUGAGGUCAAUAUAUGUGGACAAUGCCACUACAAUUUGUGGCUUGAAGCAAUAGUCGUGCCGUUUGACCUUGUGAUUAAACUCUCC